AUGAUGCUCCAUCUUCUUUCUUUGCCUCUCUUGCUUACUUUCCUACUCUUUCUUUUGGCCAUUCUCAAACACUGGAGGAGAAGUAAGUCUCAACUCCUCAACAACAACACAAGAUUGCCACCAAGGCCUCCAAAGCUUUCCUUUAUUGGGCACUUGCACCAUUUAAUCGGCACUGUCCGAUCCUAUGUCUUGACAGACUUGGCGGAGAAAUAUGGACCCAUUAUGCAUCUUCAGCUGGGAAAGCUUCUAGCUAUGGUGAUUUCAACAGCAAAAGUUGCAGAACAGGUUUUGAAGACCCAUGAACUUAACUUCGCCCAAAGGCCUAUUGUUCAUGCCGUGGCGGUCAUGCCAUACCAUGACUCCACCAUCAUCUUCUCUCCCUAUAACGAUCACUGGAGACAAAUGUGA